AUGGCCUACUACGGCGGCGACCCCUACGCCCGUCCACCCUACGAACAACAACCCUACGGCGCUCCCCCUCCAGCACCAUACCAACAACAACCUUACGGCGCACCACCAUACUCCGGCCCUCCUCUCGCUCGUCCACCCCCCGGUCCCCCGCCCCCACUCCCACAAGGAUGGGUCCAACAAUGGGAACCUAACGCCCGUCGCGCAUUCUGGGUCGAAGAAGCCACCGGUCGUUCUCAGUGGGAAGCUCCUUAUGCUCCUGGUCCUGAUUAUGCGCGCGGUAUGCCUCCUGGUCCGCCGCAGGGUGGAUAUUAUGCUCCCCCUCCUGGUCCGCCGGUUGGAUAUGGUGGUGGUUAUGGUGGAGGUGGUUAUCAGCAGCAGGAUCAGCAGGAUCAAAAGAGUAGCAGCGGUACUGGGAAGUUGGUAAUGGCUGGUCUUGGUGGUGCGGCGUUAGGUGCUUUUGCAGAGCAUGAGAUUGAGAAGAGUGAUUCUAGUGAUGAGCGUGAAGCCUACGACGAGGGAAGAGAGGACCAGGCUUAUGAAGAUAAUGAUGAUGGUGGUUGGUAA